CGCAGUUCUUUCAACCCAGGAGAGUAGGUGUGGUUGAAAACCAAUAACUUUAAUUUUUCAUCCUCUCCUUCAGAUUAUUUUUUUUGUUCUGCUUUGUUUUUUGCCAGAGGUAUUAGCAGGAUAGGUUAAUGGAAGAGGAUUGACAAUAUGCUCCAUGAAGGGAUAGAAUUAUGUCAGUGUUUAACUUGGGUUGGUUUGAUUUCUGAGAUUGGGCCUUUAUGGUGUAUUUCUGUGAGGAUGCAGAAGGAUGAUGCACACCUCAUUCUUUCUAUCUUAUCUUCUUCUGUUGCCAUUCCAGGUUUCAAGCAUUCAGCACUACCCUUCCUUGUCUUGUGCCAGCUCUGUUUGUCAUCUGUCUUUCUAUCAGCCUAACAUUUGAAAGCAUUCUGAAAUUACGAAAGAACAGAUACUUCUACCAUUGUUGUUUGAAAGUGUCCUGCUUCUGACAUUUUUGUUUGAAGGAGUCCUGCUGGAGGAAUUCUUCAGGAGAUAGCAGGGAUGAGAGCUGUUAAGCCAUUAUGUUUGUUUAUCUUCACACAAGACCACAGGAAGUCCCAUGUGAGGCCUGUAAUUCAAUCUGAGUAGGAAUCCAUUAGUUUAAAAGCGUUCUGCUCCCCACUCUUUGGCCAAGAGUGGCCUAAAUGCAUAUAAUAGUUAUAAUUAAUGCAUUAUUAAACCAUUUAUUAUAUUUUAUUCAAAAGACCUGGACAUGGUAGACUGCAAUAAUCUGAUCCUUAUGGGAAAUAAACUGGAACUGGAAUAAACUACGUAUGUGUCUGCUGCAAACUUUGAAGUAAUUUAGUGAAACAGUAGCCUCCUAACUGAUAGAUUAUUCUCAGCAGUACCAUUACACAUUAGAAAUACAGCUUCUUUAGAAUGUAUAUUUAAUUCAUACUGCCCUGUUGUGGUGCUAAAAAAGAUUAUAGGCUGGAUAGUGUGUUUCAAAAAAAUACUGUCCGUCCCAUACAUGCCUCAUGAUGUUUGCAUUAUGGAAUGAGAAUUCUUAAGUGACAUUUUGAAGUUACUUACUGGAACUUCUGUGGAACUCUGCCAGUGUUAAACUCAUUGCAGGGACAUAGUUUUGCUUAAAUGCAGUGGACUAAUCUCUUUUUUUCCUUUUUUUUCCAGGCUAGAGUAACUGACAGAAUCAAAAAGGAGACAUUCACCAAAUAUGGAAGAGGAUACCAAGCCUAUCUUGGUUCCUGUGGGAGGUGAUGAGAGCAAUUAUGGAAUCAUGAAUAUACAGUUUAAUCCAGAAGACUAUAAGUGCAAAAGACCAUUUCACGUGGAGCCUACAAACAUAGUCAGUGAUAAUGAUGACAUGCAAAGAGUCACUGAUGAAGCUUCAGCAAUGAAUAAGCGGAUUCAUUAUUAUAGCAGGCUCACAUCCCCUGCAGACAGGGCAUUGAUUGCUCCUGAUCACGUACUCCCAGCUCCUGAUGAAAUCUACGUAUACAGUCCAUUAGGAACUGCUUUUAAAGUUGACAGUUGCACAGAUGGCUAUGGUAAAAACUCCAGUCUAGUGACAAUAUUUAUGAUAUGGAAUACCAUGAUGGGUACAUCCAUAUUAAGUAUCCCAUGGGGAAUAAAACAGGCAGGCUUCACGUCUGGAAUUAUUCUCAUCUUACUCAUGGGCAUUUUGACUCUCUAUUGUUGUUACAGAGUUGUGAAAUCACGGCAAAUGAUACCUUUAACAGAUACCUCAAACUGGGAAUUCCCAGAUGUUUGCAGGUAUUACUUUGGAUCCUUUGGUCAAUGGUCAAGCCUCUUAUUUUCUAUGAUAUCACUUGUUGGAGCCAUGGUUGUUUAUUGGGUACUUAUGUCCAACUUUCUGUUCAACACAGGAAAAUUUAUAUACAACUUCGUUCAUGACAUUAAUGUAACAGAUAUUGUUCCUGGCACCAAUGGAAGUAACAAAGUCAUUUGUCCAAGUGCUGCUAGUGAUCACCCACCACAGAACAGGAGUGUGAUGUUCUCUUCUGGCAACAGAACAGGUUUUGAACUCUUUGAGGAAUGGUGGGACAAAUCACAAACAGUACCGCUUUACCUUAUUGCAGUUCUUCUACCCCUGCUCAAUCUGAAGUCUCCAUCCUUCUUUGCGAAGUUUAAUGUCCUAGGUACAGUUUCAGUUGUCUACUUAGUUUUUCUGGUUACAGUAAAGGCUGUUCAUCUGGGAAUACACUUAGAAUUCAACUGGUUUACAGGAAAUGAAUUUUUCGUACCAGAGUUUAGAAUUCUGUUCCCUCAGCUCACAGGGGUUCUAACACUUGCUUUCUUCAUCCACAAUUGUGUCAUCACACUUCUUCAGAAUAACAGGAAUCAAGAAAACAAUGUGAGAGACCUCUCUAUUGCAUACUUCCUGGUUGGACUAACAUAUCUGUAUGUUGGAGUGAUAAUUUUUGCAUCUUUUCCUUCUCCACCGUUAUCCAAAGAAUGUAUUGAACAGAAUUUUCUAGAUAACUUUCCCAGUGAUGACGUCAUGUCAUUUGUUGCAAGAAUAUUUCUGCUGUUCCAAAUGAUGACUGUAUACCCACUGUUGGGCUAUCUGGUGCGAGUUCAGCUGUUAAGACAGUUUUUUGGAAAUGCUUACCCAAGCCUUUUCCAUGUGCUUAUCCUGAACCUAGCUAUUGUAGGAGCUGGAGUAGCAAUGGCAAGAUUUUAUCCAAAUAUAGGCGGUAUCAUAAGAUACUCAGGAGCAACGUGUGGUCUGGCCUUUGUAUUCGUGUAUCCAUCACUCAUCUACAUGAUCUCCCUGCACCGUGCUGGGCAGCUGACGUGGCCUGCAUCGAUCAUUCACAUCUUUAUAAUCCUCCUUGGACUGGCUAAUCUGAUUGCACAAUUCCUGUUGUGAAAACUCCCCCUUUUCCCGUGGCUGUCACAAGUGGUACUGCAAUAUUUGGCAACAGCCUUGAGCAACACUGUGAGGCAUGAGAGCCAUUCUCAAUCUGAGGAUCUUGAGAUGUUUUGAAACAAAUUUGAAACACAUCGUUCAAGUGCUAUACAAGUAUCAUGUCUUGCUUCUCUGAAAACACAAUUUUUUGAGAAGUUAAAUGAUUCAUAUGUGAGUGAUACAGUUCUCCUGGUUUUGUUGAAGAUACAUCAAAAAUUAAUGAAGCUCAAAUAUUUUAAUUUUUUACAGCAAAUUUCUCCAAACAAAGCUUCCAGCCUCACGCUGUGGAAGACUUUCCUCCAAAUGAGCUGUCCUUACCUUGAUUAGCAGACAUGCUUUCUCAGUAUUGUUCAGUGACUCUUUGAAAUGCUCUAUGGUUGCAGUUAUUUUCCUGAUUUGUUUGGAAAAUGAAGGAUUUAUUGUCUUUCCUCUUUUUUUUAGCUAAAUUUAUAGUCACUUGGGUCAAAAUGCACUCCUAAUUUUGAAUACGCUAUUAAAUUGUUUUGGCAAUAUUUUUCCUCUAGGAAAUUCCAACAAAGAGAAACAAUAAACUCAUGUUUCAGUGUUUUAUUCAGAACCAAUAUGUACA